AUGGCGAAGUCGAGACCCCAGUCCAAACAUUCCCGUGCUGCCCGCCGGGCAGCUUCUCCCAGUCUCGAUCUCGAUAAAUCGUUGACCACCCUCCCUCGGGCGGAAGAAACCACAGUGCAACGUGAAUCCAUUCUGGCCGAUCGAGCAAAUGCUGGCGUCUCUAAGAAGAAGUCCAAGUCGAAGCCUUUGACUAAAGCGCAGCGCGCAAGGCAGCAGAAAGGAAUGGAGAGAGCAGAAGCGGUCAUGGAUCAGCUCGAGAGCAAAGUCAACCGAAGUGUCAACCGCGCUAAAGUUGUCAAAGCUCGUAGGGGCGAAUGGGAGGAUCUGAACCGCAAGGCGUCGAAGACCAUGUUCCAAACUCUUGCCGAUGAGGCCGACGACCUCGACGACAUGAUGGAUGACUCGGCCCCUGCUAAGAAAAGCAAGCCUGCAAAGCAAGCGAGCUUUGGCGUUCAGAACCCGGUCGCCGAUCAACAUGCUGACAACGAUGAGGAUGACGAGAUCACUUGA